AUGGAUGAAGAAGGCUUGCUGCAAAAUGGUGAUGAUGUUGUGCAAAACUGUAUGACUACUAGUAGCUCCACAAAAGUCACACUUGCUGUUGUUUUCAGCAGCUUGGUAGCUUUAUCGGGUUCUUUCGCGAAUGGUUGCGCUAAUGGAUUCUCAUCACCUGCUGAAUCUGGAAUCAUACAUGAUUUAGGCCUUUCUACUGCGCAGUAUGCAUUUUUUGGGUCCUUGAGUUUGUUUGGAUCGAUGUUGGGAGCAAUCUUGAGCGGCAAAGUAACUGAUUUCAUGGGUCGCCGAGGCGCAUUAUGGUUUACUUUGAUAUUUUUCAUGAUUGGAUGGCUGGCCAUCGUUUUAGCUAAGGACGUCUGGUGGCUUGAUUCAGGAAGAUUUUUACAGGGAUUCAGUGGUGGUGUUCAAGGUUAUGCGUCUAUCAUAUAUGUUGCUGAAAUCAUUCCAAAAAGUAUUCGAGGAGCAUUCACGAUGGCUAGCCAGUUAAUGGUAUGUGGAGGAAUCACGGUAAUGUUUUCCGUUGGGAAUGUACUGCCCUGGCGAACUUUGGCCUUAAUCGGAACCAUACCAUGUAUCAUACAAUUCAUUGGGUUACUCUUCAUUCCAGAAUCUCCUAGAUGGUUGGCGAAAGUUGGCCGACAUGAAGAGGUAGAAUCCAGUCUUCAAUGGCUUCGAGGCAAAGAUACUGAUGUUUCCCAAGAAGCAGCUGAGAUACUGAAUUGCACACAAUCGUCAGAUAAGCUGUCAAUUUUCAGAUUUAAGGAGUUACUUGACAAGAGAUAUGCUGAUCCACUCAUUGUUGGAGUUGGGCUACCUUUCUUGCUACCUUGGGCAGGCACCAACGGAAUCCUGCUGUACGCGAAUUCUGUAUCUGAUGCUGCUGGUUGUGGACCUGGCAUUGUUACCACUACCAUGGCUUUUAUUCAGAUUCCUUUCUCUGUUUUAGGUGUUCUGUUGAUGGACAAGUUCGGAAGAAAACCACUUUUAAUUAUUGAUUUGGCGGGCGUAUGUUUGGGAGGCAUUCUCAUUGGAGUUGGAUUCCUCUUACAGAAUUUGCAACUAUGGACAAAUGAAACUCCAACGAUUGUAUUCAUUGGGAUACAGAUUUAUUUUAGUUUUUUCGCUUUCGGAGCUGGUUUACCAUUCGUCAUCAUCUCUGAGAUAUUUCCAAUGAACAUAAAGAGCAGUGCUGGAAGUAUAGCUGCUUUUGCCAAUAGUUUCAACUCAUGGAUCGUAGCCUACGUGUUCAGUUUCUUGUUCGAUUGGAGCUCAGCCGGAACAUUCUUCAUAUUUUCAAGCAUUUGUGCGAUGCUGAUGGUGUUUGUGGUGAAGAAGUUGCCCGAAACAAAAGGCCGAAGCCUUGAAGAAAUAGAAGCUUCAUGGAUUACACAAGAAGUGUACUAA